UUUGAAAUUAGUCGACCGUGCAAAGUCAAAGACGAGAGGCUACCUACGAAUUAUGAACUCUACUUGGGGUCAUUAUUACAAUGUUGUUAAAAGAGUUUCAUCGUUGUCUGGCCAAUGGCCUUAUCAGAGAUCAAAAACGCGGCUGCUCUGUUUGUGUUUGGUAACUCUGAGCACGAUUUCUAUGAUUAUUCCACAAAUUGCCAAAUUUACUACAUGCCACGGAGACCUGCGAUGUAUUUUUGAAACUAUGACAUCGUAUAUGUUGACGACUGUAACAUUGGUAAAAUUGUAUACGUGCUACUUUAACAGAUAUAAAAUUAAAAUGCUAAUUGAUCAAUUAUUUGUCGAUUGGGAGGAACUGGAAACACCGGAAGAAUACGAAAUUAUGAAGAGAUAUGCCGAGAAUGGCAGGCGAUAUUCCUUAGGAUAUUCCUUGUAUUGCUUUAUAGCCGUAUGUAUGUUUAUGUGUGUGUCUCUCAUACCGCAAUUAUUGGAUGUUGUAUUACCACUCAACGAAUCUCGUCCUAUAUUGCCAACGUAUCCGGGAUAUUAUUUCGUCGACGAGAAAAAAUACUUUUUCUACAUUUUCUCGCAUGCUAUCGUGGCCUGGGAAAUCGCUAUGACCGGAAUAGUCACUCACGACUGCAUGCUCCUGACUUACAUCGAACACGUCUGCAGUAUUUUCGCUAUAGUCGGAUUUCGCUUUGAACAAUUAACAUGUAAACGCACCGACUCUGUGAAAAUUUUACAUUCUCAAUCAAGCGACAUUUUCAGACGAAUCGCAUUCUCGGUGUACAAACAUCGAAAAGCUUUAAAAUUCGCCGAGCUUAUCGAAGAUACGUUUUCACUUACGCUGGCUAUACAAUUAGCGCUGAAUACGGUAAUGAUCAGCAUCACUCUGUUACAAAUCACGCAGCAAAAUAGCGAUAUUAUAGAAGCAAUGAGAUACGUACUGUACAUUGUUGCUCAACUGAUUCAUCUAUUCUGCCUCAGUUUCGAGGGACAGAAGCUGAUAGAUCAUAGUCUUCAAACGCGUAACAAGAUCUAUAAUAGUUUUUGGUAUGAAACAUCCACGAAAUCGCAAAAGAUGCUUCUGUUCGUAAUGCGAAAAAGCCUUCGACCUAUUUUCCUGAGUGCCGGCAAGAUUUAUAUUUUCUCAAUGGAGAGCUUCACCACGGUCGUGCAAACUUCGAUGUCAUACUUUACGAUACUCGCGUCAUUAGAAUAAUCAAACAAUAGCCGGAAUCCAGUCUAUCCGGAUAUUAAUCCUAUAUUUAAUUAUUAUAUCAUAAUUCUUACGUGACAAUAAGACAAGUUUUUUACUCGUAUAUGAUGUAAACUUUUAAUGUCAUAGUGUAGUUCUGUAGUUCGAUAAAUUGUGCUUAUUUGCCAGCAUACGGUA